GGAAAAGAGCCCUGGAUGAUUUUGAGGGAAGAAACACAGUUCACAGAUUUGGAUUUACAGUGUGAGAUAAUCAGCUACAUAGAAGUACCCACUUAUGAAACAGGUCUUGGUUUUUUGACUUUGCCCUUCUGGUAGAGAAACCCUGAGGACUGAUAAACUCUUGCCAGUCUCAAACCAUGGCCUGUGAAUCGAUAACAUUCGGGGAUGUGGCCAUAGACUUCUCUCAUCAGGAGUGGGAAUAUCUCAACCUGGUUCAGAAGACCUUGUACCAGGAGGUGAUGAUGGAGAAUUACGAUAACUUAGUCUCACUGGGACAUUCCAUAUCUAAGCCAGAUUUAAUCACCUUAUUGGAGCAAGGAAAAGAGCCAUGGAUGAUUGUGUUGGAAGAAACAGGAGGAGAAUGUACAGAUUUGGAUUCAAGGUGUGAAAUAAUCAGUGAUGGGAAAAUGCACCUUUAUAGGAAACACUCAUCUGUUACUCUCCAUCAGAGAAUUCAUAAUGGACAGAAACCAUACGAGUGUAAGGAAUGUCAGAAGGCCUUUAGUCAUCUUACAGAACUCAUAGUACAUCAAAGAAUUCAUACUAGUGAGGAACCUGAUCAACAUGAAGAGUUUGGGAAGGCAUUUAGCCAUCUUACAGACCUUAGAGAGCAUCAGAAAAUUCAUGCUCGUGAGAAACCUUAUGAAUGUGAAGAAUGUGGGAAAGUCUUCAGUUAUCCUGCAAACCUUGCUCAACAUGGGAAGGUUCAUGUUGAGAAACCCUAUGAAUGUAAAGAGUGUGGGGAAGCUUUUAGGACUAGCCGUCAACUUACUGUACAUCAUAGAUUUCAUUACGGUGAGAAACCCUACGAAUGUAAGGAAUGUGGCAAAGCCUUUAGUGUGUAUGGACGACUUAGUCGACAUCAGAGUAUUCACACUGGUGAGAAGCCCUUUGAAUGUAACAAAUGUGGGAAGUCCUUUAGGCUCAAAGCAGGCCUUAAAGUACAUCAGAGUAUUCAUACUGGAGAGAAGCCACAUGAAUGUAAGGAAUGUGGAAAGGCCUUUCGUCAGUUUUCCCACCUUGUAGGUCAUAAAAGAAUUCAUACUGGAGAAAAACCCUAUGAAUGCAAGGAAUGCGGUAAGGGCUUUACAUGUAGGUAUCAACUUACUAUGCAUCAGAGAAUUUAUUCUGGGGAGAAACCUUAUGAAUGUAAAGAAAAUGGGGAGGCUUUUAGUAGUGGCCAUCAACUUAUUGCACCUCAUACAUUUGAAAGUGUUGAGAAACCUUAUAAGUGUGAGGAAUGUGGGAAAGCCUUUAGUGUGUAUGGACGACUUACUCGACAUCAGGGUAUUCAUAGUGGUAAGAAACCCUUUGAAUGUAACAAAUGUGGGAAGUCCUUUAGGCUCAAUUCAUCCCUUAAAAUACAUCAAAAUAUUCAUACAGGUGAGAAACCCUACAAAUGUAAGGAAUGUGGGAAGGCCUUCAGUCAGCGUGCACACCUUGCCCAUCAUAACAGAAUUCAUACUGGUUACAAACCCUUUGAAUGUAAAGAAUGCGGGAAGUCCUUUCGUUGUGCCUCAUAUCUUGUCAUACAUGAGAGAAUUCAUACAGGAGAGAAACCCUAUGUAUGUCAAGAGUGUGGGAAGGGUUUUAGUUAUAGCCAUAAACUCACUAUACAUUGCAGAGUUCACACUGGUGAGAAACCUUAUGAAUGUAAGGAAUGUGGGAAGGCCUUUAGUGUAUCUGGACAACUUACUCAGCAUCUGAGUAUUCAUAGUGGUAAGAAACCCUUUGAAUGCAACAAAUGUGGGAAGUCUUUUAGGUUCAUUUCUGUACUUAAAGCCCAUCAGAAUAUUCAUAGUGCUGAGAAACCCUACGAAUGUAAGGAAUGUGGCAAGGCCUUUCGUCAUGCCACAAGCCUCAUAUAUCAUGACCGAACUCAUGCUGGUGAAAAGUCCUAUGAAUGUAAAGAAUGUGGGGAAACUUUUAGUCAUGCUUCACAUCUUAUUAUUCAUGAGAGAAUUCAUACCGGUGAUAAACCCUAUGAAUGUAAAAGAUGUGGGAAGGCAUUUCGCUGUGCCUCAUAUCUUGUUAGACAUGAAAGGGUUCAUGCUGAUGGAAAUCCCUAUAUGUGUGAAGAGUGUGGGAAAGCUUUUAAUAGUAGCCAUGAACUUAGUAUACAUCAUAGAGUUCAUACUGGUGAGAAACCCUUUAAAUGUAAUAAAUGCAGAAGGUCCUUUAGGCUUAGAUCCAUCCUUGAAGUACAUCAGAGAAUUCAUAUUUGAUAGAGAAACUGUGGCAUAUACAGGUAGUAAAGAAAGCACAUUCUGUCAAUUGAUUUGUCCCAAUGAACAAUUUGAAGACAAUGUGGAAUGGCUUUGAGAUACAGUUCAGUUUUUGUUAGGCAUCAAUUUGUAUUGGUGUGAACUUUUCAAAAUGUAAAUAUGCAGUUUCUUUGGUAAGAACUAUGUUAACUCAGAUUCAGAGAAUUUAUUAUGUAUUUUUUUAAUAACAUAAGAAAACCUUUUCUGAUAUUCCUCUAGUUUUGGAUUGCCAAAAUAAUCAUAGUAGAGGAAAACUGAGAGAAUGUAGGAAACCAUUCUUUAUACUUGCAUGUAAACAUCUUGUAGCAACAAUCAUUUAUUGUUAAACCUGGGAAAAGCCAUUAAACAGGAAACCUCUGUCAAUAUAAGCGAUGAUGGGAAAGGCUAUUUAGCCAUUCUGCAUAUUUAACGCUCAUGAUCGACGUCCACUUCUUAUAGCUGGGAUGAUAUGGGGGAAGAUACUUAUCCCUUCUGGGGAUCAUAUAUAAAUGGUGAUAGUAGUACCUACAGUAUAGUGCUGUUAGAAUUACAUGAGUUAGAUGUGAAAGUCAGUGGAAGCAGGUGUGAGAGGGUCCCACAGAAGAAAACAUGGCUGCCAAAGUGUUUUGAGUCCAUUGGGAAGUUUGGCCUGGCCUUAGCUGCUGCAGGAGGCAUGGUGAAUUCUGCCUUAUAUAAUGUGGAUGCUGGGCACAGAGCUGUCAUCUUUGACCGAUUCCGUGGAGUACAGAACGUUGUGGUAGGGGAAGGGACUCACUUUCUCAUCCCAUCGGUACAAAAACCAAUUAUCUUUGACUGCUGUUCUCAACCAUAUAAUGCGCCAUUCAUCACUGGUAGCAAAGAUUUACAGAAUGUCAACAUCACACUGUACAUCCUCAUCCAGCCCAUCACUAGCCAGCAUCCUCUCAUCUUCACCAGCCUCGGAGAGGACUACGAUGAGCCUAUGCUGCCGUUCAUUACCACUGAGAUCCUCAAGUCACUGCUGGCUUGCUUUGAUGCUGGAGAACUAAUCAUCCAGAGAGAGCUGGUCUCCAGCCAGAUGAGCAAUGACCUGAUGGAGUGAGCAGCCACCUUUGGGCUCAUCCUGGACGACAUGUCUUUGACACAUCUGACCUUCGGGAAGGAGUUAACAGAAGCAGUGGAAGCCAAACAGGUGGCCCAGCAGGAGGCAGAGAGCGCCAGAUUUGUGGUGAAGGCUAAGCAGCAGAAAAAGGCGGCCAUCAUCUCUGCUGAGGGUGACUCCAAGGCAGCUGAGCUGAUCACCAACUCACUGGCCACUGCAGGGGACGGCCUGAGCAAGCUGUGCAAGCUGGAAUCUGGAAGACAUCGCAUACCAGCUCUCACGCUCUUGGAACAUAAUCUGCCUGCCGGCGGGGCAGUCCGUGCUCCUCCAGUUGCCCUAGUGAGGGCCCAGCCUACCUGCACCUCCGUGAGGCAACUGGGCCACAGCCCCGAUGAUUCGUAACACCACCUUCUGCCCUCACCCCAGAAAUCACUGAAAUUUCAUGAUUGGCUUAAAGUGAAGGAAAUAAAGGUAAAAUCACUUCAGAUCUCUAAAAAACAAAAGAAGAAUUACAUGGGUUAGUACAUGAAAAAAUUAUGGGAAACUACAUGGAAUAUACUGUUACAUUCAAUAAACAUUAGCUUCUGUAUAUAAUAAUA